GGAGGGGACUUGCGGUUGUCUUUGAACGUGGCUCACUGAUUUCUGUCAGUGUGACUGUGCCUGCCCACCUGCUCCUGCACGCGUCGACUCCGGCAUCGCCAGCUCCGGUCAUCUCGCUGAAACCAUGAAAAUCUGGACAUCGGAGCAUGUCUUCAACCAUCCUUGGGAGACAGUGACCAAGGCUGCAAUGCAGAAGUACCCCAACCCCAUGAACCCCAGUGUGAUUGGAGUGGAUGUUUUGGACAGAGGCAUUGACAAACAGGGACGCCUCCACAGUAAAAGACUGCUCAGCACAGAGUGGGGUCUUCCAUCUAUAGUGAAAUCUAUCAUUGGGAACACACGAACGUAUACGUAUGUUCAGGAACACUCGGUUGUGGAUCCCAAAGGAAAAACUUUUGAACUUCAGUCCUCAAAUAUCACUUUCACAAACAUGGUGUCUGUGGAUGAGAAGUUAACAUACAAACCACACCCUGAGGAUCCAGAGAAAACAAUACUGACUCAGGAGGCUAUCAUCUCUGUGAAAGGAGUCAGUCUCAGCAGUUACUUGGAAGGAGUUAUGGCCAGCACCAUCUCUGCUAAUGCUGGAAAGGGCCGUGAAGCCAUGGAGUGGGUGAUCAGGCGGCUAAAUGCAGAAAUCGAGGAGCUGGCAGCCACAGCAUGUGGGACCAUGCGCACCCCGAUGGCUGCUGCAUUCCCUGAGAAAUGACAACUGCCUCUAUUUUCCAACAAGGUCUGAGAGAAACUGCACGCUAGUACAACCAGCCUCCCUUUAUGAUGCUCUAGUGCUGUUUUGGUGCUCUGGGUUUUUGUAUUAUUUAACUCCUCCAUCUCAUCUAGUUUACUAUCUACAUUAGAUAUAUUUUUAACAGCAGGGUACAUCAUAAAGGGAUUCUGUGAAGUUUCUCAGGAGAUGCUGCUUGUCCGGACUGCAGUGAUGAGAGACUUGGGGGAGGAAACAUGGGUGGCUCACUCAGGGACAAGAUUAAACUACACUUAUCUCUGUUUUUGGAAACAUUAAGCAUUGGCAGAGAUGUAUCAGAGGCAUUGGAUGAAUUAGAAACAUAAGAAAAGUGCCAAAAGGAGACACACUGCUUUUUAUCUAGCCUCUUACAGCCUCUUUGCUAGCUGUGUUUCCAUCUGCCAUAAGACCUCAGAAUGCCAUACCAGUGGCAUGAACUCUUCAAUAACUUCAAUAACAGAGUUAUUGAAAACACAGACAGAAAAACAUAUGUGGUGCGAUAAACAGUUUGGAAGUGACUUUGAGGAAUAAUUCUAUUGACAAAUGAUGGCAGAAUACAAUGCUGAAAGAGGGUCAAGUGCAAUGUGUAUCAAGUGUAUCAAGGGUACAUGGAGGUGGUUUUAGGUGUCAUAGUAAAUGGUGGGUUAACACAGCCAUUAACAGUGAGAUAGAGUUCAUGAAACAUUUCACUGUCAGGUUUUUAAGAACCAUCUCUUCAACAAUGCUUUUUUUUUGCGGGACCUCAGUAAUAACAAGACAAUUUGUACCAGGCAAAGUUCGUAUACAAGCCUGAAUGUAAACAGUCUUUUGUUAUUAAGUAAUAACUAAUAUUGUUAUUAAGGUAUUUAAGUGAAGGGAUCAAGGUACUUGCCAUAUUUAUUUCUUCGAUUACUUCAUGUAGAAGACCUUCUCAAAUGCUGUUGUACAAACAAGCGUAGCAGUAAAAACCUGCUUUCUAAGCUCGAACGGUUUUACUGAUGCACAUGAAAAGCGUUCCUCAAUUGUAACAGCUGAGUUCCCUCUGCAUGUCCUGUCAGUGUGAAGGCUGAGACCUUUGCAGUGACGUUUAUAUGCACUUAUAAAAUAACACAUUUUAACAAAGAAAAGCUGCUACAGGUGCUGAGGGAGCUGAUAAUUUGUGAAUAUUUUGUUAUUGCUGUUUGAGAGAUUAAAUGUGGUUACAUGGUACAUUUGAGAAGGUCUUUCUUCAAGCAACAUCAGUGUGGUGAAAGUGAACACUUAAGUUUCAUUAAUACAUAUAUGUGUGUGUGUGUUUUUUAACCUGUGACAGGAAUAUUUAUUCAGAGAAACAGUUUGUAUUGAAGGAGUGAGUUGUGGCUUGGGUUUGCCAUUGAGAAAUGUGAUAUCACGUGCUUAGAAACUGUAACUUAAACAUGUUGUCUGGGUGCCUCUGAAAAAGAAAUGGUCUCACCAUCUACGGAAUGUGGCAAAACAAUAAAAUAUUUUAACCUGUUUAAUAGAAGAUCUUGCUAGUAAUUCUUCUAAUUAGGUAUACCUUAGAAUAAAACAGGCUUGGCUGCUGUUAAAAUUAAAAUCAAAUGUAUUCUGAAAAUUAAAUGUUCUGUUUUUGAAUUUGCCUUCAAUAUGGGUGAUACAGUAUCUAACAUGGUGUGGAUAUUUAUUCAAAUUAAUAAUUAUUUCAUUUUAAAGAAGCAAAAUAGCCUGUGUUGAAACAUCCAAUGCAUAUGAUUCUGAUAAAACAGCAAUUUGUUUGCCUUUCGGAGGCUCAGUCACUGAAUGUAUGCAUUCCAAAAGUCAGUUAACUAAAGCGUAUGGUGAUAUGUUUUCCCUCUAUUUCAUCAGAAUUUAAACACUGAAGCAGUUACUCUUCAUAGUGCAUAAACACAUAGGUGUGGGCCAGUACAACUGCAUUCUUCAAACACUGGUCACUCUGUAGGAUGCAUUGAUGUUGCAUGUUUGAAAUGGAAGAGCUCCAUGCUGCCACACUGUGGCCAAAUGUUAGACUUCCAGUUUCAUCCUGACAAGUGUAAAAAAGACUUAUGUAAUGUCACCUAGGAAAUAAAAGUCGAUUCUUACCUUGAAAAAAACUUUGGGCCAAAGUUAAUAAUAUUUUGCUUUUGUUGUUGUUUUUAAGUUAUUGGCUGGAAAAAAGUGGAAUGAAUGGUUAAAAAUAAAGUUGUUAAAAUUA